CACCGGCGCGCGCGCAAAGUUGUCUAUUGCGCAUUCGGACACGUAGCUUCCUCGGAGGGACAGCAGGUCCUGUGUUCCUUCCACAUGACGUAAGAGGGAGGCGGUGCAACUGGUGAUCACAGGGCAGGUAAGCGCACAGGUGGGGGAGAGCAGCAUUGAGUUUCUCAGCAGCGCGUGACAAUAGGAGCAGAAGCCCCCAGGAAUUGUGUUUUCUUACCACGAUGACAUGAAACAAGGUCAGCUGAGACCCUUUGGAAUACCGCAACUUGAGCUUUUUGAACAAUCUUGAUCGUUUGGAGAAACACUUGUUGCGGAAAUGAUCAGUUCAGACGCUUUGCGACCGAUACAGAACGCGACGCGCAAAGGGAAACUCGCCGCAAGGCUCGAGGACGUGAAGACCCCCUGGAGACACGGCUCGACGCUUGAGCUGAGCCAUAAUGAAACCGCACGGCUCGCCACGGACGCGCUCUUGGAACACGGAGAAAAGGAGUACAGGAAAGUGUUACAGGAGGAACGAGAGGUGAGCUUCCUCUCGGCCCCCGAAAUACGCUAUAUCACCGAAAAUGUGGCCAAGACAGGCAGCCCCGACAGCGGGACGAACGGAUUGGAAGCGGAGUACGGGGAUACGGUGUCGGAGCUCACAUCGGGGACUUAUUUUCCCAUGAUGUCCGACGAGGAACCUCCGCUGUUGGAGUUGGGCUGGCCAGAGAUGUCCAACAGAUACGGCCCUACAGAGGCGAAGAUAUACUUUCAGAGGGACAAGACCCAAAAUAUGAAAGAUCUGAUCCGAUCUCUCAUCAGUCAAGCGAAGAAGGUUAUUGCUGUAGUCAUGGAUAUUUUCACAGACGUGGAUUUGUUCUGUGAUUUAAUGGAAGCUUCCAACAAGCGAAAAGUUCCAGUUUAUAUUCUGCUGGAUGAGAAGAAUCUCUGUCAUUUCUUGAACAUGUGCACAGAACUAGACAUCCAGAAUUCCCACCUAAGUAAUAUAAGGAUCAGAAGUGUAUGCGGGGACACGUAUUGUACCAAGGGUGGAAAGAAGUUUGCUGGUCAAGUUCAAGAGAAAUUCAUGAUCAUUGACUGCGAGGAGGUCAUUGCUGGAUCUUAUAGUUUCACGUGGCUUUCUGCUCAGGUGCAUAGCAACAUGCUAAUGCAUUUCUCCGGUCACAUCACCGACUGCUUCGAUCGGGAAUUCCGCUGCAUGUACGCAGACUCCCAAAUAAUAGAAAGUUUUUACAAUCCUGACGAGGAGGGGCUUCCUAAUUACUCUUUCAAGAUGAUGGCAUCGCACAUGGGACUGGACAUGAUUCCAGACUUCAGCAACAAGGAGCGCGUGAAUUCCGAGAACUCCAGUAGCCAAUCCAGCAGCAGCGUUUCAAGCGUCAAAGCUGCUCCUCCAGGCAUUAAAUCUGUUUACAAAGUCAAGCACGAUAAGAAGAACCAAGAAAGCUCGCAAAAGACACAGGAAAGGAAAGGGAGCACAAAAGGAGGUCAUCAAACUCCUCAAGGGACCCAAGGUGCUAGAGGUUCCAAUGGUAUCCAGACAGGGGAACGUUCCACCUCCGGGCUAGGUCAGUCUGCCGGUGCAGAAUGGUCCAAAGGAGGAACACCGGAUUAUAUCCGCUCAAACAUUGCAGGACAAACAUCCAAAUUUCAGGCUUUAGGUCUUUACAGCACUCAGAAACCUCAAUCACCACCUGCUGCCGACAGCAAAGUCUCUGCUAAACAUCGAAAUUCCACCACCCCGCUUUUUACAAAGUUCACUGAAUUAUUUGUGCCUUCCGCCAAGGAGAAGGAUCCCUACGUCUACAUGAGGACCCCCCCUUAUACAUCGCCAUUUGGCGGCCCGGAUCUUUCUCAGAACGAGCCAGAGAGCAAACAAGGUCCUCCCCCGCCAGGACCCAUGCCAUUGGGAUCAGAAAAAAGGAUAAAUCGACAGGAUGAGAAACGCAUGACGUUAGGUCACAGCAAAUUGGACCUGGUCAACCAAUACAACAAGAUGAAAUCCAAACAGGUAUAUAGUCGAUUUGAGCUAAAGAACAACGUUCCUCCGUAACACCGUGGUACAUUUUCUGGGCCUGUUCGGUCGAUUUUUAUUCUUGAACUUUUGUAAAUAUUAGGUGUAAAGACAGAAAUUGGAUGGAAGGUGAAACGUGUGGGGUUUUUGUGCAUUUUGUAUUUUUCAUAACAAUUACAAAGUACAAGUAUAAAUGCUGCCUUGAGUUCUGGAAAGACGCAGAAAGUCUUUGCUCAUCUUAUAAAAUUCAAAGGCAGCAUUAGUACAAGGUACUACUAGUAGUGUUUUUGUGCUGUAUAUAAAACUAUAUACAGAACGGGCAGUUUUGUCCAAGGUUUUUCUAUUCCUUACAUUCGCCAGCAAAGCAGAUGCUGUUGAUCUCCAAGAUGUAGUCAAUGUCUCUGCCAUUAAGUAUUACCCUUCACUGUAAAAAACGGAAUCUGGCAGCUGGGGCACCAGAAAAAGACAGUAAAAUAACUAAAAGGCUUGUUUUUACGGUGAAAAUGCAGUCUUUUUUGUUAUUUUACUGUUCUUUACCGUAUUUCAAAAACGUGCGAAAUAUCUGUAAAAAAAUCAGUGAAAUGUAAAAUUACAUUUUUUUACAGUGUAGCAUCAUUUAGGGGGUUACAGAUGUGUAGUCUUCCAGACAUUCUCAUGUAUUUGUACUAGAAUGUGAUUCCACGAAAAUGCAUUUAAGAGACACUGAAAUGCAUUCUGGGUAACGCUGCGAUCAGCAGCUCUAUGUAAGUACUGUAUUACUUUACGAGGCUUAGACUCUGAUGCAAUACAAGCUAAUUGCAAAUAAACAUUUUUAUGUUUUAGCAAAUGAAGUAUAAGCUUUUCUCACAUAUUUACAAGUGCUUGUUGUAAAAAUGUGAAAAGAAGUGUUUGUGCUCACCUAGUGCCUUUAAAUAUUAACUAGCAUUACAUGUUGGACAUGAUGGCGUUCUUGCCUUGGAGUUGGUUUUGACUCCAAACCAGUUAGAUUACUUGGCUAGCACAUUCUUACUCUAAAUGCUUUUUGUCUGACAAAGGGGAUACUGUGAAUACUUGAACUUGAAAUGAGUGCGGUUGUCUGCUUCUGUCAUUAAAUGCUGACAGAGAAAUGAAGAGUAAAAUUGUAAAACCCUGUUGAAAAUGUCCCAAUCUAAUAUUAGUUUGUAACUUUCAUAGCAUAGAAUAGAAUGUAUGAGUGUGACUAUAUGAAAUUGAGUACACCUUUUACUCACCUUUGUUGUGCAAGACAUUAAAGGCAAACACCUGCUGAAUACCUGCGCAAAAACGUUUCGCUGAGGCCUUGAACCUGCCCAUGGCGUCUUAUAGACACUACUGGUUUACUAUCAGUUAGUCAGCCAGUGCCUGCAGUAGUUUGUGUUUGUCCUUAUUUUUUCAGUCAAUAUCUUAAAAAAGGUUUUUUUUAUUCAUGAAUGUUUAUAUUGGCAAAAAUCAUCAAAACGAAAAAUUUGAUCUGUUAUCAUGACUAUUUGGGGGUGUUUUAGAUUUUGUGGAUAUAAUGUAUAAACUUACUUUUUUACAUCUGUUAUGUGUGACUUUCAUAACUUUUCUAACAGUGUUACGAACAAAUGACAACCAUAAACCAAUAAACUUUAUUUGUCUCUUUUUC